AAGUACCCUAUGGACGAACAGUAUUGUCAAAUGCUACUGGCAUCUUACGCGUUCACCACGGAUGAUAUUGGUUUGUCUAAUCCGUCCGACAAUUUUCUAAUUGCCGUAUUGCCCCAACACAUCUAUCAAUGGGAGGAGCAAAAUCCAAUUCAAUACCACGUGCAGCUGAAUACAUCGCUGCCAAACUUCCUGCUCAAUGCAGCCGAAACUGGAGAGUGUACCAGUUCCACGACGACCGGUGACUAUUCGUGUCUGAAAGUGAUGUUCUAUUUGGCUCAAAUCUAUCUUCCAUCCACUUUGCUGGUCGUCGUGUCGUGGGUAUCUUUUUGGCUAGAUCGAACUGCAGUACCUGCGAGGGUCACAUUAGGAGUCACUACCCUACUCACCAUGACAACUCAGGUAGGUGAAGAAAACUUUCUAUAUAACUUUCUAUAG